AUGGUUCCAGAAGUCUGUUCACUCUACCAAUUUGCCGGCGAAGGGAAUACUCCCUACCCUUUCUCCAUUCAAGACUACCAGCGCUACGUCUAUGGCGACGAUAAGCGAGCGCACCAAUUCGGCACGGACCUCGCUAAAGCCUUCAUCGCAACACGGACAAGCAAUCAGAGCUUCACACACGACAUCGCCGUUGCCGUGUUAUCCGACUCUAUUCCAACGGCCACUCAUGGCCUGCGCAGGCAUUUCGUUGCCUAUCUCAAUCGGCAUUUGAUCUCGCUUAAUGCUAGGCCAGUCCUCACCAUCGAUGUCUUCUCAGUGGGACAAGAUGCGGGUGUACUACAGGACGUGACGAAAGAAAACAGCAAGGACCUAUAUCACAUCGAUGUCACGAGGUUGGCUGGAAGGAGUCUGAUUGUCCUGGGUGACAUUCGCACAGCCCAUACCCGUGAAGACCACAUGACCCAAUCACUGCGGAACCUCAACCUCGACAACCCAAUAGUCUUUGCUUACAUUGCAGCUGUAGAGGGAUUGCAGCACACCGCAGGACUCACUUCGCUGAUGGCAUUAAUCGUCGGUCCUACCAUUAAGGACAUUGAGACAAUUGCCCAGGCCGCCAACUUCACGAUGAACCAGUCCUUUGUCCACUAUCUCCUCGGAAGAGACUAUGCAGGUUUCUGUUCCUUUGUUCGACGCCAGGACGACUUCUUUGCACGGCUUCUACUUGACUAUGCAAUUGCAGGACUGUACUACAACGACGAGGACUAUAGACAAAAUUUUGACUUUCUGCUAUGGGAAGUCGAAGCUCGAGAAAGCGUUUAA